UCGCAGCCACGGGUUUCAUUUCUGAAAAACUUUCAAAUCUUAUUAAAUAUUUUUCAUUUAGGGACUCGAGUCAUUACACACAGUAAUCAGAAAUGAAAACAGAAAAUAUAAGCUUUGUUUGUGGCGCAAAUUGUGUCGGGAGGCGGCAGAUGGAGAUAUGAACACCACAAGCUAAAACGCCAUGGAAAUUAUAUGGGAUCUGACACCGGAAACGAGCAAACCUCCAGCACGACGUCUUUCCAUAGGAGAGGCUCGCGUGGAGCAGCAUCACCGACGAAGAGUGAAUCUUAAUGACUUAAAACUUCCAGAUUAAGGAACAGCUCUUGACAUCUGCGACUUUUUUUCCCCACACACUGCCGCGGCGAUUUCGCAACAACAGCAAACGAGGGGAAAGGUGCGGUUUCGCGAAGGGCCAGUUGCUCAAGUUGAUCUCUGAGCUCCAAGCGGCUUCGCUGUAUAGUAGGAAGCUGUAAUGUCAGCCCCGACACGGGCACGCAGCGCGCCGCGGCACUGAGGCAAACACACACCACACUCAUUCACACACAAUGGAUGCACUCUGGGUUGUGCUCGCGAUGCUCGUGCCGGUCCUGCUGUGCACGAGCAGCACGUUCGUGUUUUAUUUCAAGAAGUGCUUCUACAUGGCCUGGAUGAUGAUUCUGGCCGCGAUCACGAUCCCGAUCUGCGUGCUGAAGAGCGGCGGCCGCGACGUGGAGAACAUGAGAAUAAUUCGUUUCAUGGUGCGGCAUGUGAAGUACUUGCUGGGCUUGAGGUUUGAGGUGAGUGGUUGGCAGCAUUUCCAGUUGGAAGGACCAUAUGUGAUCAUAUCCAACCACCAGAGCUCCCUGGAUGUCUUGGGCCUGAUUGAGGUCCUUCCUGAUCGAUGCACCUCGAUUGCCAAGAAGGAGCUGAUGUAUGCUGGCACCGUAGGGCUGGUCUGCUGGCUGGGCGGCGUCGUGUUCAUCAAUCGGAAGAAGACGGACACGGCUAAGAGCGUGAUGGGUGAAGCGGCCAAGACCAUGCUGGACGAACAGAUCCGUCUGUGGAUUUUCCCAGAAGGAACACGGAACCAGAAGGGUGACCUGCUACCCUUUAAAAAGGGUGCGUUCCACUUGGCAGUGCAGGCACAGGUUCCUAUCAUACCAGUAGUGUUCUCCUCUUACAAUAACUUCUACCUGCGGAAAGAAAAGCAGUUCAAUUCUGGUACAAUCAAACUGAAGAUCCUUCCCAAGAUUGAGACAAAGGGUCUUUCCUCAGACGACGUGUCUGCUUUGUCCGAGAAAUGCUACCAAGUCAUGCGCUCUGCGUUCAUAGAGAUCUCGGGAAUGACAGGUGACAGCAAUGGGUCCACUGGCCAUUAAGAGCCCCUGCACCAAGCCGGCCACCCGCAAUCCAACGGGAUGAUGACUUAGUGGGUUCUCCAGAUGUGCCCACAUUCUCCUCCCUGUGCCACGGAUAUGGCGGGAUGUUGAUGAAGCAACAUGCACCAUUUGAGAUUUUUCUGGUGGGUUGGGUGACUAAGGUCAAGGUAGACCGCUGGGUAUGAAGUGGAGGAGGAGCAUAUUUGCAGUUAAUUGGGUGGAGAGGACAGUCUGUCAUUCAGACCCUGUAUUUUUAGCCCAGCUGGUUGCUGCCAUCGAUGUACACUGCCCUACAGCGCAGAAUUGUGCUUUUGAGGCCUGGAUGGGCCUGAUUCAGCCUAGUGGGGUUUUUUUUUUUCCCUCCUGCUGUCAGACCUCGUGUUUUCUUUACUGACAUCUCAUUAACUCCUGUCUCUUUCAUUUUUGCCUUAAGUUUUUUUUUUUUUUUUUUUUUUUUGUCUUCGUCUUCUAUCCUUCCCAUUAUUUUUACACCUACCUUCAGGUCAAUUUCACCAGCACCUUUUUCACAAUUUUUCUGAAUUGGAGCUCUCUCAAAUUAAAUCUGACUGAUGAAAACACAACAGAAUGCAAUACUGAUAAAAAAAA